AUCUCUUCAUCUGCCUCCACCCAGGCGCAUCACUAGGCGCUGCCUCCGGUGAAUCUGCACAAGUGGAAGAGAGAAGAUUAUGUGCACUUGCUAGUGGUGAGCUUUUUUUUCCCCCGCUUGUCACGAAGCGUCCCGCGGAAUAACUCUCUAAAGUGAAGGCGCGUCGUCCUCCAGUGUCCUGCCAGUCUGCACUCCGGGACACACCGACCCAUCAGCCGCUGUCAACUCGCUCUCACCGGCCAGUGGACGCCAGCGACCCGGAGACCGAAGAACAAAGCGCCUCCAGUCAGAGCUGCCUCCAUCCAUCCACCUUCUCAGGAAUCUUCAGUCUCACCAGUGUGGCCGCGCUCCUCCGGACCCUCAGCCUGCCUCAUGCCUAAGAACAGCAAGGUGACGCAGCGCGAGCAGAGCCUGGAGCAUGUCACAGAGUCUGUGGCUGAUCUGCUCGCUCACGAGGAGCCGCUCGACUACAAGAGCAGCAACCUGAAUGUCGGAGCUGCGGCCGGAAAGAAAGUCCCGCAGAUAGAGCUGCCGGAGAAUGACGGACGUCCAGCGUGGAACAGCAAACUGCAGUACAUCCUGGCUCAGGUGGGAUUCUCCGUGGGCCUGGGGAACGUGUGGCGCUUCCCUUACCUGUGCCAGAAGAACGGAGGAGGAGCCUAUCUGGUGCCCUACUUCAUCCUCCUCCUAGUCAUCGGCAUCCCGCUCUUCUUCCUGGAGCUAGCGGUGGGGCAGAAGAUUCGCCGAGGAAGCAUUGGGGUGUGGAACUACGUCUGUCCUCGCCUGGGUGGGAUCGGCAUGUCCAGUCUGAUGGUGUGCGGGUUUGUGGGUCUGUAUUACAACGUGAUCAUCGGCUGGAGCAUCUUCUACUUCUUCCAGUCCUUCCAGUUUCCUCUGCCGUGGAGUGACUGUCCCUUCAGGAAGAACGGAACGCUGGCCAUUGUGGAGCCAGAAUGCGAGAAGAGCUCAGCUACAACCUACUUCUGGUACCGUCAGACUCUGAACACGACCAGCACCAUUGCAGAAAGUGGAGGCCUGAAUGUCAAAAUGACUCUGUCCCUGCUGGUGGCCUGGAUCAUCGUGUGCCUCGCCGUCAUUAAAGGAAUCGCCUCCUCUGGGAAGGUGAUGUACUUCAGCUCUCUGUUCCCGUAUGUGGUGCUGUUCUGCUUCCUGGUCCGAGGGUUGAUGCUGAAGGGGGCAGUGGAUGGGAUCGCUCACAUGUUCACUCCAAAACUGGAGAAGAUGCUGGAGCCUCAGGUGUGGCGAGAGGCAGCCACACAGGUCUUCUUUGCUCUGGGUCUGGGCUUCGGAGGUGUCAUCGCCUUCUCCAGCUACAACAAAGUGGACAACAACUGUCACUUUGACGCCGUGCUCGUCUCCUUCAUCAACUUCUUCACCUCCAUUCUGGCCACGCUGGUAGUUUUCGCGGUGCUGGGUUUCAAGGCCAACAUCAUGAACGAGAAAUGCGUCGUCGAAAACGCGGAGAAGAUCCUGGGAUAUUUGAACUCCAACGUCCUCAGCCACGAUCUGAUCCCUCCUCACGUCAACUUCUCCCACCUGACCUCCUCUGACUAUGCUGAGAUGUACGGCGUGAUCAAGACCGUGAAGGAGGACGGCUUCGCUCAGCUGGGACUGGAGCCGUGUGUCCUGGAGGACGAGCUCAACAAGGCGGUGCAGGGGACCGGUCUGGCCUUCAUCGCCUUCACUGAGGCCAUGACACACUUUCCAGCAUCUCCUUUCUGGUCGGUGAUGUUCUUCUUCAUGCUCAUUAAUUUGGGUCUGGGCAGCAUGAUUGGCACCAUGACCGGCAUCACCACACCUGUCUUGGACACCUACAAGGUCCAGAAGGAGUUGUUCACAGUCGCCUGCUGCAUCGUCGCCUUCCUGUGUGGCCUGCUGUUUGUCCAGCGUUCGGGAAACUACUUUGUCACCAUGUUUGAUGACUACUCUGCGGGACUGCCCCUCACCGUGGUGGUCAUCCUGGAAAACGUGUCUGUGGCGUGGAUUUAUGGCACUAAAAGGUUCAUGCAGGACCUCGAGGACAUGUUGGGGUUUCGGCCCAACAUUCUGUAUUUCUACCUGUGGAAGUACGUCUCGCCCAUCUGUCUGAUCGUGCUGAUCUCUGCCACCGUCAUCGAGAUGGCUAUCAGUCCACCCGGAUAUAACGCCUGGGUCCAGGAACUGGCUCAGGAGCGCUUCCAGAGCUACCCAACCUGGGCACUCAUCAUGUGCUUCGCCCUCAUCGUUCUGGCUAUGCUCCCUCUGCCGGUGGUCUUCAUCGCCCGCCACUUCAAUCUGAUGUCGGACGGCUCCAACAAGCUCUCCGUCUCCUACCGUAAAUCCAUGAUGAAGGAUAUUUCCAACCUGUCUGAACAGGACGAGGCCAGGUCCAUUCUUAGCGGCAAACCUGGCGACCCCUCAUCGGCCCUGCCCUCACGUAAGCCCUACCUGACACCGGCGGGCAACACCAGCUUCGACCCCAACUCUCUGUCGCCCAACAGCUGCUACGGCAGCGGCUACCAGAACGCCGCCAUCAGCCCCACCACACCAACAACGCCUGUAACACCAGACUCUGACUCCUGACUGACCCACUGCCACACCUCAGUACAUUUAGAGUUUUAGGAAGCGCCAGGAUCUCACUCCAGUUCCUCACUAAAGUACAACUAUCUGAGCACAACAUUCACCAGAUUGUAAGCACCAGGUAUCAAGUUGAUCUUGAUCGUGACUUCAUCUGUAUUUACACUUCAUUUACUAGCACACAGGACUUUACAUCCUCCCUCUCUGAAGGUCUGUCUUUGCUGCAGAAUAUGCAGCUGACUUCUCCCAGAAGUGCACGCAACAAUGUGGAGGCUGAAACCAAGAAUGUAGAAACACUUGUUGAAUGUUGAAGUAUAAGAGACCAGAGCACUGGUCUAUGCACAGGUUAUAUUGGAGACAAAAUAGGGGGAAUUAUACUUGAAGUUUGAGUAUAGCUCAUUCAAACAUUUCAAGGGGAUACAUGUUGUUUGAAAACCUCUCGAAAUCGAACCAAUCAAAAUGAGGCGCCGUGGCAUCUUUAGAUUGAAUUUCAUUGCCAUGAUUGAUUCUUCAUUGAACAUAUUUGAUCAUUCAUUGUGCAUCUGAACUUAUAUGACACGAGUGCAUGGGACAAUCCUAGGAUGUGUGUGGCAAAUUAGGAUAUCUAGUCUUCUGUAACUGAAAUAUUAAAAGGAUUAGUCAUCAUAAUAAUCCACGAAUGCCAGGAUUAUAAAUCUAGAAUAGCGGAUUUUAGCUACACUUUAGCUUAGUGUGUGCAACAUCCCUACAGUCUGAGUGAAAAACUGCACAAAGCUCACUUGUAUUUUAAGAUCACUAAAAGCUUUGACUGGAAAAAGUGCAGCAAUGCACUGUAAAGAUUUUGGCACAGAAAAAAAACACAUUUCUUGGUUUGUGUAUUUAUGUAAAUAUAGAAAAAUGAAGAUAUGUAUCUAAUGGUACUAAAUGUGAGAAGUAAGAUGCCUUUGCUGAGAUGUUGUGGAGAGGAGAUGUGAGGCUUUGUUUUGAUGGGGCGAAUUGUUAGUGGACUCAUGGAGGGAAAGAUGAGACGCUGAGAUGACAAUCGUCGGUCGGUCGAUGUCAUUGAAGCCGCAGAAGGAAGUGUCUGUUGAGCACAUGUUUUCUCACAAGGAUGAUCACCUGUGAUCAGCAAACUAAACGGACAAAACAAUGGCACAUUUGCAUUUGAUGAAUCCUUCUGUCAUGCAACAGUAAACUGACUGACAGUCAGUGUGAGGUUGUGUUGCAAUCCUUUCAGAGUGGGUCCAUGUACAGACGGCACAUCUAGAAGGAGAAACGGAGGGAGGAGAAACUGCACACCCAAGACGGGGAAUCUUAAAUCGGAAGCUAUGACAAUAUGCUUUAUAGAAAUAAGCUAUUUAACGUGUGUCUAGUUGAGGUAACUGCUGUUGUAAAUAACUCAUGUCCACCAAAGAGGUAGAAGCACACAUCAGCACACAGCCACUUAAAAGGGCCAAAAGAAGAGCGCAGCUCAACUGUUUCACUUGUUGACUCAAAGCAAAGUUGCUGCAGAAGCACAAUUGUUUCAUGCAAUAAUGGUCAUAUUUUAAACACAAUUCUAUAUAUAAUUAGAUCACAGAAGUAAAUAAAAGCAACAAAAGGUAGAAGUGAUAUUAAACAAGGGUACAUUCUACUUCAAUACGCCCUUCUCUUUCCAAAAUAUGAUCUUUGUCCAACACAGUGAAUCACUUGUGAGACCAUAAAGUGUUGCCAACACCUUUAUGUUCUUGUUAAAGACGGAACUUUCAUUUAUUUUUUUUUAAUGUCAAUGUGAAAUCCAGUUGUGGAUUAAAUGGAC